GUUUUUGUUUGUUUACAUCCUCUUCGUCGCGGGUUGUUACGCUGCAUUGCGACUUGUCAUCAUAAGUUACUCAUCAUCACCACUAACCAUUCUGUGCCUAGUCAUACCUAAGGAUCUGAGUGAACAACGUGUGUCAGGCGGUGCUGUUCAACUGAUUCAUCUGCUGGGAUCACGCCAAGAUGAUUUACACGAGAGAGAGUGUGAUGGGCCUCGUGCAAGAAAAGGAAAAGGUGGAGCAGACCCUUAAGGAGCUAUGGGACGUGCUCAAAUCGAACAAUGUUGGGUUGAGUGAGUCUCUUAUUGACUCAGAGGGCUACCCAAGGUCAGACAUUGAUGUCUAUCAAGUCCGUCAUGCACGCCAUCAGAUUAAGUGCCUCCAGAAUGACCACACAGCCCUCCUACGGCGCAUUGAGGAAGGCCUUGCUGUGAUGCUGAGUCCCUCUGCCUCUCCCAACCUUGAUCCAAAUGGCACCAAUGCUCCCCCACCUCCACAGAAUUUUGAACCUUUUGCCAAGGUGGACCAUGUCAUGCCUGGAUCUCCUGCUAACAUGGCUGGCCUCCAGGAGGGUGACCUGCUUAGCAAGUUUGGCUCCGUCACUGCUGAGAACUUCUGCAAUCUAACCAAUGUGGCAGCAGUGGUGCAGCACUCAGUCAAUUCUGCCAUUCAGGUGAGAGUGCAGCGUGGAGGAGACAGUAUAACCCUCAGCCUUACACCUCGCCAGUGGUCAGGACGGGGCCUCCUUGGGUGCAACCUACUCCCCUAUGAACGCCUCGACCGAUAAUGCUGGGGAUCUGCAGGAGGUACUAGCUCAAGGCUUUCCAGCAAUUAAUGAGUGAUUUGGGAAUGUUGAAAUAUGACAUGAUUAUGUUGUUAUGAAUGGAUUUUUCAUGAAUGAAUGAAUUAGUUAUUAAUUAAGGUUGGUAAGCAGUUUGAUUAUUAGAAAGUAUAGAUUUUACAUAAAAGAAAACAUUUAAGAUAUCACAGUUUUAAGAAUUAAUGAGGUAGUCCAUUGACAGCAAUAAGUUGAAGAUUAGAGUAUCAGUGAGUCUCAUUUGGCACUUUUGUGACGAACAAAAAAUACUUGUAGCUUGUCAUCAUGCACCUUCAAUUUAUCUUGUGAAAGUAAUAUCCAUGAUGGAAACUUUACUCCCUGGCUGUCGUUGUCUUUACUUGUAGUAAAUGUUGUCAUUUGUGUGUUGCAGACACACACAAAAUGUCCAACUUUCAAAUUUGCAGAGAAAAGGCUGUGAAACUUCAUGAGAAGAAUAGUUCAAAACUUUAACCAAAGAAGUAAAACAUGGAAACUAUUAUUGUAGCCACCACCAGAAUAAUUACUCUAAAACUGUUACAAUACAGCAAAACAUAACUGUAUCAUUUGUCCUGUUAGAAUUAUUUCCUCUUAAUUUGAUUGAUUUAUUAAUGCUUUGUGGGUGGAUGCUUUUGUAAACACAUGAUUAAGAUUGGUGGCCUUAGUGGGAGGCCAAUCACUUAAUGAAUGAUGGAUACCAUUAUUCAAGUGAAAUGUGUUGUUUUGUUCUCACUAAUGAUUAAUUGUUAGCUGGAAGAAAAAGCUAGAAAGAGUUGCAUGAUAUCAGCCGGUAUUAAUUAUUAUCUCUAGUUUGUUUUAGAACAUAUAUACAAAAUGAAUAGGUUAUUAAUAUACACUUAGUUUUCCUUUAUUCAUAUGAAGGAAAUUGGUGUCUAGUGGUUUGAAAGAAUAUCUGCAUUUUUCUUGGAUUUUCAAAAUUUGUGGAUGUCUCUUUGAUCUUGCAGAAUGACAAUGCUUUUGUCUUCAUUAGAUAACUUUUGGAACAUUAAAAUGCUGGAAAAUAAUAUGAAUAUCAUUGCUAAGAUAUGUGUGAAUAUUUAUUUGUGAAUGUGAAUACAUUUCAUUGAGGCAUAUCUUACUCAAUAAGGAUAUAGAUUGAUGGAUCAUUGUGACUUCUGAAUAUAUGUAAAUCAUAGAGAAGCUCAAUAUACAUCAGGUAGAGAAGAGUUUGGAAUCAAUAAGUUAUGUGAAUGUUUUUGUUAUAUAAUGAAAAUUGUUAAGACUCAGUGGUGCAGGGAGGAUGCCAGCACUGUAAAGCUGAAGGUCAGUUGAUAGAGCCUGAGCCAAGAGUCAUUUGGUGGGAGAAUAAAGUGUUCUGUAAAUCUUAUGACACAA